AGAAUCUUGAUCUUGCGUAUGGAAAAUGGAAACAGAGGACUCACUUAGCAGGGCAGAACUCUGGUCAGAUGGUAGAUCCCACCAAUGCUGAUUAUGUGGAAUUGGGAGAAGCUUCGUCUCCCAAACUAGAUAAGUACCAAAACGUUUCGAUCAUACCACUUGUCUUCUUAAUCUUUUAUGAAGUAUCUGGAGGAUCAUUUGGUGUUGAAGACAGUGUCCGAGCGGCUGGUCCCCUUCUAGCCCUUGUUGGGUUUUUGAUACUUCCAUUUGUAUGGAGUGUCCCAGAGGCACUAAAAACUGAAGAAUUAGGUACAAUGUUUCCUGAAAAUGGUGGAUAUGUGAUUUGGGUUUCACCUGCUUUAGGUCCUUACUGGGGUUUCCAAUUAGGUUGGAAGAAAUGGUUGAGUGGAGUCAUAGAUAAUGCAUUAUACCCAGUUUUAUUUCUAGAUUACAUGAAAUCAGCAAUCCCGGAUUUAGAAGGAUGUUUCACAAGAACUAUUGUGGUUUUGGUUUUGACUGUGGCACUCACUUACUUGAACUACAGAGGUUUAACCAUAGUGGGAAGGGUUGCAAUAUUAUUGGGUGUGUUUUUCCUUCUCCCUUUUAUUUUCAUGGGAAUUGUGGCAAUUCCCAAACUGGAGCCUUCAAGGUGGUUUGUGGUAGGUUUUGGAAAUAUGGAUUGGGGUUUGUUCUGAAAUACUCUCUUUUGGAAACUGAAUUACUGGGACUCAAUCAGCACUCUUGAAGGAGAGGUGCAAAAUCCAAGUAAAAGUCUACCUACGGCUCUCCUUUACACUGUUAUGUUGGUAGAUUCCACUUGAUUGCCUAGGGUGGACUGAUGGGUAUUUUUCAGAAAUUGCUAAAAUGUUUGAGGUGUCUGGUUGAGAUCUUGGGUCCUGGCAGUUUCUGUACUAUCAAACAUGGGGAUGUUUGUUGCUGAGAUGAGCGGUGGGGAUGGCAGAACGUGGCAUGCUUCCUGAGGUUUUUGCAAAGAGGUCCUGUUAUGGAACCCCUAUAACCGGGAUUCUGUUCUCUGCAUCUGGUGUUUUAUUGCUUUCAUUUUUGAGCUUUCAAGAAAUAGUUGCUGCAGAGAACUUCUUGUACUGCUUUGGAAUGAUUCUGGAGUUCAUAGCAUUUGUGAAGCUGUGGAUGAAAUACCCAGCAUCUUCUCGAACAUAUAAGAUACGUGUUGGAACAACUGGACCAAUCUUAUUGUGUAUUCCUCCUAUCCAAUUAAUUUUUGUGGUGUUGGCUUUUUCUUCUUUCAGAAUCAUGGCCAUUAGCAUUCUGGCCUUUAUGAUUGGUCUUGCACUGCACCGUUUUCUCUACUAGUCCGAGAAGAAGAGAUGGAUCAGAUUCUCCAUGAAUGCUGAUCGCUCAGAUAUCCAUUCUACAUAUCAAUAAUGUAUCAAAAAUUACUUGCGGCUUCUAUUUGAAAAUGAAUUCUUUUCUUGUUCCAAUAGCAUUGACAUUGAAAAUGCAUUGUUGGGUCAUGUCCUUGUAGAAACUAUGCUCACUUUGAGAUGGAUGUCCUUAUGGCUCAAUAAAGAGAUGGCAUCGGUAUACUCCUACUCUCUCUACUUUUUCAUCUUGCUCAUCUGCUUUAGUAAAUGAGAAACAAAAGAUCUUUGCUUUU